AAUCUUGCUAUGUAAUCGGAGCUUUUAUUGUGAAGUUGUGACCUCUUAACCAAUCAGAUUCUACAGUUACAUGUUUUCCUCUUGAAACCGGAAGUUCAUUGCAUAAAACACGAACAAGUGCAACACCCUGAAGGAGGACCGCGCGCGCUUAUUUCCAGCUCGGAAACCAGAGUGAUCAAAAAAAGCAAGAUCUUCUCCUGAGAAAUAAACAGACCAGUCAUGCUCAAAGCUGUGGGACAAGUUUUAUUCUCGUCUGGACUGCAGAAUCCCAAAUUUACAGCAGGAGAGAAAAAGGCACAGGACUAUGAGAUCCGCACCUACCAUCCUGCAAAGUGGGUGAGCACCACCCUGAGUGGGAUGCAGGGGGAAGAACACCUCAAAACCGGCUUCCGGAGGCUCUUCAACUACAUUCAGGGCAACAAUAAAAACAAGAUAAAGGUGGAUAUGACGGCCCCCGUGACCUGCCAUGUGGUGCCCGGCGCCGGCCCGGCGUGCGAGUCUCAGUUCACCAUCUCCUUCUACCUGCCAGAGGAGCAUCAGGCCAGCCCCCCCGAACCCAGCGAGGCCGGGGUGUUUGUGGAGGACAGAAAGGAGAUCACCGUCUACGUCAGGACUUAUGGCGGUUUCUCUAAUGAAAACAUGAAGCGGGAAGAACUGCUGAAACUUCUGGAGAGCUUAAAGCGGGAUGGCGUCGAAUUUGUCGACAAUCCGUACUACACAGCUGGCUACGACAGCCCCUUUAAACUGACCAACCGCAGGAACGAGGUGUGGGUCCUCAAGAACGCAGAGAACCAAUAGAGAGAAUUCUUUCCUCUUCAACCGUGUGCAGCUAACAUUUAUAUUAAUUGAAGGAAAGGGUGUGACCGCUUUUAGAUUCCAGCAUUUUUUUUAAUAUAAAAACGUUCCAGGAAUUGCUUUGAAAACUGUGCUUUGAAUAAAUGAGUUAAAUAAAAAGGGAACAUAUAGGUGCAAUGUGGUGGGACAUCCACUAGAGGGAGACAAAUAGUCAGAAAGCAUUUCUCUCACAAAGUGCCUUUUAUUUUUACCUAAAUAUUGAAGUGCACUAACUUUAAAGGUUCAUUCAGACAUUAGAACACCAACUGACUGAAAGAUGGAUCAAAAAUACUUAAAAUAAAUACAAUAAUUGUUUA